AUGCCGUUGGACGCCGCAACCCAGAGGGUCCUGAAAGCAACUAAAUUCCCGCCCGAGUUCGACAAGCGUGUAGACACCAAGAAAGUCAACCUCGACGUUAUCAAAACAUGGAUCGCCAGCAAGAUCAACGAGUUCCUCCCGGAGGACGAUAUCGUAGUGGACAUGGUCUACAACAUACUCGAAACUGAUCAGUUUCCCAAGAUCAAGGAACUACAAGUCCAGCUCCAAGGCUUCCUUGACGCCGAAGGCCCCCAAGUUUUGCAAAGAGCUGUGGAACUUAAUGCUGAGCAUCCAAAGCCGCCCUCCAGAACCGUCGCGAAGAAGAGCAAAUGCUCGAUUCGUUCCGCCGCAACGAGCGUUCCGAUCGUGGUCCCGAUCGUGGUCGUGACCGCCCUGAACGAGGUCGCGGACGUGGAGGCUUCCGGGGUGACCGUGGUCCACGUCGUCGCGAUGAAAGGCCUCCCCCACCGGGGAGAAGGGGCUCUCCACCACCACGUCGUGAGCGAGAUGUCUACGUGCCAGAAGGUCGAGGCCGCGGUCGUGGCAGCGGACGUCGUGAUAGAUCUCGCGACCGCCGCCGAUCUCCGUCCCCUAGACGUUCCCGGUCACCCGUUCGUCGCCGCCGCCGUUCGCCAUCUUCGAGCCGCUCAAGAAGCCCUCCUCGACGGGCCCGUCGAGCACCUUCAUCUGACCGCUCUAGAUCUCCAAUUCGUCGCUCUCGUCGCUCCCCUUCGAGGUCACCCGCGCGUCGUCCUAGAGCUAGGAGUCACGAUAGGGCAUUCUCCCCAAGCAAUGACAGCAGAAGGUUGCGCAGACCUCGCUCUAGAUCUUCUACACCAAGGGACAAGUCAAGCUCACCAUCACUCAGGCUGUCGCGAUCUCGAUCUCGAAGUCCACCGCGCCGUCGACGAAGUCAUGUUGCUUCACGAUCACCCGAUUCACGGUCUGUUACCCCACAACCUGCGCGAGUAA